AUGCCCGCAGCAGCCGUGCGAACCAGCGCCAUGGCAUCAGAAGGGAGGGGAUGUCCCCAGCAGCGCCUCAGUGGGCGUCCGGCUAGGGGGUCAGCAUCCACUGGUCGUCGGCCACAGAAGGCCAUGGGCUGGACGGGCGUGCGACAACGGCGUUGGGGUGGGUGGGCUAUGGAGAUCCGCAUACCACACACUCGAUUGAAGUUGUGGAUCGGCAGGUUUCAAAAUGCCAUUCAGGCAGCCCUAGCCUAUGAUGCGGCCAUGGUCUGCUUAUACGGUGAGCGCCUGCCAGGAAGGCGCAAGUUCAACUGCCCGGUCGGCCGGCAUCCUGCAAUCCCUGACCACGUCCGCAUCCACCUCACCAUAGCCACCAUCAAGGUGAUCGCUGCGGACUACGGCCGGAGAUGCGCUGCCUUCCUCGCACCGCUUGUGUGCCAUCCAAUACCAGAAACACUGUCGGCACCGCCUGUCAUGGCGACACUGCCGAGCCCUGAUGGUGCUGAAGUGUUUCUUUGA